AUGUCCAAUGACGCUGACGCGUUGCAGCGAUAUGUUCUCGAUUAUGAAAUCUGCGCUGCUGCACCAGUCUAUCGGUCGUACAACCCCACAGCCCGUAAUUCAUCCCGAAAGGCAAUCGAGGAUGCCCUGAAACGCAUGGAUGCAGAUUACGAAUCCAUUUAUGAAUUUUCUCAGAAGAUCACCACAGUCGAACGUGCUUUACGACGCCGACGUACCACACUUCGCAACUUCCUUCAACCUGUGGCUGCCCUUCCUAUGGAAAUUUUGCAACGAAUCUUCCGGUAUGCCGUUCAACGAAAAGAAGACACCUAUUGCAAGUAUCUUCCUUCUCCUAUCACCCUUAGUCAAGUCUGCUCGGCAUGGAGACACGCGGCUCAAUCGUAUCCUCGAAUCUGGACCAUCGUACAAAUGGAACUCUGUGGCCAUUGUUCCUAUGCACCGUAUGCCCGCUAUUCUCGAGGCCUCCCUUUAGAAAUCCAUGAGCGAAGACGACGUGAUAUGCAUGAAAGGAUGGUGGGACUGAAAAGCGCUGAUGUCCGGGACCGGAUAACCGCUCUAUCUUUGCCAUUGGAGCGAGAAGAUGAUAUGGAUGCAGCGUUUUGCGGUGAUUUUUGGGAGAUGAGGGGUGUAUCACGCGAGUCUAUUGAACGACUGACUCUGUUUGCACCUUACACUGUGGACGAUCCCAGUGCUUAUGGGGAUGCUCUGACAAAACUUUCAUCGCUCCGCCACCUGUUUCUUGAAAACAUCUUCAUUCCAUUGUCUACUACUCAGCUAGAAACCCUCGUUACUCUCACUCUCUAUGGUGUUGACGUCAGUUGCCGAGAGUUUAUGGACUUCAUCGAUGCCUGCGAAAAUAUUCAGGAAUUGGCCUUGGACGAUGUAACCUUGGACGAAGUGAUGCCCGGUCUCCAAUAUUUUACACUCAGUUUCCGGUGUUGGUGGGACAAGAAUGAUGACAUCAUAAAUGACAAUUGGGAUAUUUCCGACGUCACCAGUGUUGGUAAUUUGAAACCGCCUGUGCACCUGGGUAUGGUGAAGAAUUUUAUAGUAGACACGCCGACGAUCAAGGCCAUUACCUUGGAGGGUGGGAUGAAAACUUUAUCUUAUGCCCUCAAAAGAUUAUGGCCUCAUUCGUCCCCUAUGGAGCUUGACAAUCUUCCAAGCCUCACGGACCUCGCCAUUUCAGUUCCGAGGGAUCGUAAACAACAUCUUGAAGGCAUAGUUGAUAUUCAGCUUCUGAUCAAAGCUCGCUUGGAAGGCCGUCAGGCAGAGUCAAGACCGCUUCAAAAAUUAACUGUACCACGCUUCAUGUUUGAUGAUGAUGUGGAUUGGGUUCGAAGCCGGGUGCGAGAGUUGGAGCUGACUGAUUGAAGACAGUGCUUUGAGCGCAACUCUUAUUCGAGGAAAGCUCGCCCGAGUGCUCGCACAGCUCCACCUUGUGUGUUGGGCUGUUCGCAUCGACCAGGUGUUCAACAGUAAUGAGCGAGUCCAAAAUUCCGCUACCCCCGUUCCUAUUUAGCCUUCCGGCCUAAACCCAACCAGGCCAUCCAUUCCUUCGACUUGAAUUCAGGUUACCUUGUUACCACAUCAAUGCUGUUUUCGCAUGUGCUCUAUGUACAUACCGGCGUUCCCAAUGCUUUACUCAGCGAGUGUUAGUACUGAUUUCAGUCGCACACGUGCGUACCUUCCCGCCGAUCACGUC